AUGUACCCAAUCAAGUUGUACUCAUCUCCCCACCAUCCCGUCCGAAUACCGACGGAGCCAGAGGAUAGAGGAGGGAGUAUUGUUGGAAAAACUGAAAUAUCUGGAGAGGCUUACGAACUACAGCAGCUACCGUCUGCAAGGGAACAGCGUCAAAAAGCUAAGAGGGACGAGAAGAGGCGCUGGCUUGACGAGCAAGACGAGAUGAAGUUCUCUCAUAGCAUUCAGUUUAAUGCUGUUCCUGAUUGGAGCAGCCACUACAUUGCAUAUAGUAAUCUUAAGAAGCUAAUCUACGGACUCGAGAAAACUGUUCACCAACCAGCUGUCUCCGACGUCGAAACGCGACCGCUCCUACGAAACGAAGAACCCGAAACCGUCUUCGGUCGCGCUCUAGAUGUCGAAUUAGAAAAGAUCUCGUCCUUCUAUGGCGUCAAGGAGAAGGAGCUAUUCGACGAAGUCGAUGAUCUGAUGCGUGAUAUCGAGUCACUCAAUACAGAUGACUACGAUGAACCCGAGCUUGCCCAGAGGCCAAUUAUACAUCAGUAUCCUGUCAGCGAGCAAGUAACACAUACUCUGGGCACUCGGAGUUCUAAGAGCGCUCGUAGUACGCGUUCAACCGACGACGGUGUUGAUGAUAGCGAUGACGAUGACGACGAUCAAGAUGAGACCUCAGCUUUGAAUAGGAGACGCCGCUUGAGCCUUGGCGGCCGGCGUCGCACUGUCCCCAGUGCCAUGUUCGCUUCUACCGACCUGACGGCUUCGACCGAGCUUACCAGGUCUCGUAGGUAUAGCAUCGGAUACGAUGACUAUGCUGAGACGGCCCAAAUGUUUUCUUCUGGCAUCAUGCUGAAGAAGCGUAUCAUCGGCCUUUAUGUGCAGCUGUGUGAGCUCAAGUCAUACGUACAACUGAACAAGACUGGUUUUAGCAAGGUGCUUAAGAAGUUUGACAAGAUCAUCGACAAGGAAUUUCGUCCAAUAUACAUGAAGGAUGCCGUCGAAACUUCUUAUCCCUUUCUACCAGAGACUCUCAAACACGUCGAGGAGAACAUCGCUAAGAUGGAAAAGGCCUAUGCCGACACAGUGACGCAUGGCGACGAGGCUCUCGCCAAGAAGGAUCUUCGGUCGCACCUUAGGGAACACGUUGUCUGGGAACGAAACACGGUAUGGAGAGAUCUUAUCGGUCUCGAGCGUCGCGCCGAGGCCGCAAGCCUGGGAAAGGGUCUCCUCGGCGCUCAGAAUGAUGGGAUGAAGGUGAGGCUGCAAGGUGACGAUGCCCCCGUAACACCUAUGAAAGAGAUUGAGACACCGAUAGGACGCUUUACUUGUCCGACCUGGUUGUUCAGCUCUACUAUGUUUAUACUUAUUGGCAUCGUGACUAUCUUUUUGGUUUUACUCAUCGUUCCUAUCAUGGAUAUGCCCGAGCAGCAAAAUUGUUUGGCUAUGCUGGUGUUUGUGAGUUUGUUGUGGGCUACUGAGGCAAUUCCUCUCUUCGUGACUUCUCUAUUAAUCCCUUUCCUUUGCGUGGUCCUUAGAGUUGUCCGUGAUGAUAUGCCGCCGUAUAAAAGGCUGAACUCGGUAGACGCGACCCCUUACGUCUUCGCGUCCAUGUGGACGCCUGUUAUUAUGCUACUGCUAGGCGGAUUCACUAUUGCUGCAGCUUUGUCUAAAUGUAAGAUCGACAAGCGGAUCGCGACCUUCGUUCUUAGUAAGGCGGGUACGCAACCGAGGACUGUACUCAUUGCCAAUAUGUUCGUGGCUGCUUUUGCUAGCAUGCUCGUUAGCAACGUAGCAGCUCCCGUUCUCUGCUUUUCAAUUAUCGAGCCUAUGCUGCGCAACCUCCCUUCAGAAUCCAACAUGUCCAAGGCGGUGAUUAUGGGUAUAGCACUGGCUUCUAACGUUGGCGGCAUGCUCUCCCCCAUCGCCUCACCCCAGAACGUUUUUGCGCUCAGCGUCAUGGAGCCAGCGCCGACUUGGGGCGAAUGGUUCUUUGUUGUGAUCCCCGUGGGCAUCAUAUCGAUUCUUCUAAUUUGGAUCCUCCUUCUUCUUACUUUCCAACCUGGCAGGGGUACUACGAUCGUACCGAUCAGGUCAGUGAAGGAACGGUUCACUGGCUUGCAGUGGUUCGUGUCAAUCAUAUGUAUUGCUACCAUCGGUCUCUGGUGUGCAAGUCACCAGCUCCAGUCAACAUUCGGUGACAUGGGAAUUAUCGCCAUUAUACCUAUCGUGCUGUUCUUCGGCAUCGGCAUACUUACCAAAGAAGAUUUCAAUAAUUUCCCGUGGACAAUCAUCAUCCUCGCAGCCGGGGGGUUAGCUCUCGGCAAGGCAGUGAAGUCGUCGGGCCUCCUUCAUACGGUAGCGGAAAGAAUCUCCCACGAAGUAGAUGGGGUAGACCUCUACGGAGUCCUACUAAUCUUCUCAAGUUUGACUUUGGUGAUCGCGACUUUUAUUAGCCACACAGUAGCUGCGCUAAUUAUUCUACCGCUCGUGUCGGAUAUCGGAAAGGGUAUGGACGAACCGCAUCCUAACCUACUUGUCAUGGGCGCGGUACUCAUGUGUAGUGCCGCGAUGGGGCUGCCGACUAGCGGGUUCCCCAAUAUGACGGCGAUAAUGAAAGAGGACCUCACGGGGCAGCGGUACUUGAGUGUUAAACAUUUUAUUAGCCGUGGCGUACCGAGUAGUUUAUUGACUCUGGUGGUUGUAGUCACCCUCGGAUACGGGGCGAUGCGGAUUAUUGGCAUGUAG